GCGUGUGAGUGUGAGCAUGGAGGAAGGGACCUAGAAUGACAGACAAGGAGUAGGGAGGGGUGAGGAGCCAAGAGAGAGACAGCAGCUUUUCUGUGAACCUCCUGGAGGUAGGAGAUCACAUCAGGAGACAGGAUGCCAGGAACAGGGUCGUUUUGACACACAUUCCCUGGAAACGCAGGAGGAAUAAGUGCUGCCAUGAUAAUCAUUCCCAAAUGGGAUUAAUAAAGCACUUUAUAUUUCCAUCAGAAGCUUUACAGACUCACUCCUCAGCCUAAUUCCACAACUUCAUGCUUUCUUCAACGGUCUUAAGUGGAGUUCUCUGGAGCGAGAGGCAUCCAUGCACAUUCACUGAGCAGCAUGUCCCAUGAGAAGUACCAUGAGGAGAUGGACAGUGAGUAACAGUGUGUCUGCAUGCUGGUCGGUGUGUGUCGUCUAUCUUCUCGCCGUCUCUGUGAUCUUCGCGUCCUGCCGCAGCGCAUGUCCCGUGCAGCGGGCGCUCAGGGUCGCCAACUCCUCAUCCGUCUCCGCCUCCACCUCCGGCCGGCAUGUGCGCAGCUACGUGCACCUCCAGGGAGACGUGCGCCAGAGGAAACUCUUCUCCUUCCAGAAGUUCUUCCUUAGGAUCGGGAAAGACGGCAGAGUCAACGGCACCAAGAGCAAAGACGAUCCCAACAGUAUUUUGGAGAUCACAUCAGUGGAUGUUGGGAUCGUUGCCAUCAGAGGAAUCGGGAGUAACCUCUACCUGGCUAUCAGUAAGAAGGGAGAACUGUAUGGAGCGAGAAACUAUGGUGUAAACUGCCGUCUGAAGGAGCGCAUCGAGGAGAACGGGUAUAACACUUACGCAUCCGCGGAGUGGAGGAACAAGAAACGCCAGAUGUUUGUAGGUCUGAGUGCUCAUGGAAAGCCUCUUCGCUUCGAGGGAGAAAAGCAGGCAGGAAGAACGCUGCUAAAUUCUUAUUAA